AUGAGCGAGGAUGUAGAGCAACGCCCAGCAAAGAGGCAGCGUUUCUUCACUGAUACUCCAUCGUCACCUUUACCCACCGAACCCCGAGAUGCAGACGCGUCCGUGCCUUAUUGCCCGGAAUACGAAGAGAAUCGGACAGACCGUGGCACCGCACUCGAGAUUCCGCCACCUGAACGCACCCUAAAAAGCUCAACUGACUUGAAAAAUGAAAGGGAUCCGCCGCAUAGACGAAUUCGAACGACAGAAAGCCUAGGGUUGCCCAUUGCAGACGCUACCCAUGCUUCCUCUUUGCACCAGAAUGGAGACCUACAAAUCGACGAGGAAGGGACUAAUGAUGCCACAAUAAGCGCACUUGCAAAUGGCUUCGAUGUCGACCUUUUCACCAGUAUCGUGGGAGAGCAACUACCUGCCGAUGCAAUCAAAACCAUUCAAUCAGCUGCUUCCAAUAAUCUUGAGCGAGCUGUUAACAUAUACUUUGAUGGAUCAUGGAAGAAGCCGGUCCGGAUAAAUGGCAGCGCUCCGGCCAGAAGCCGGAAACUCGCUCUUCGAGAACAACCUAGCCCUGAAACGACAGUUGAAAACGAAUCGGUGUUGCGGAAUCAGCCACCAGCAAGAUAUGUUGGCGCAUUUGGUGUGGGAGGAUGGGCAACGAGAAGUGGCUUGGGAUUUCUCAAGCAUGGAGACCCCGUCAACAUCGAGCGUGAACGAUCACAGCCAACCAUGAAACGUGGCCGAGGAGGCAAAGCAUUUGCCAACAACAAAAGUGAUGUCUUGACUAGGUUCACGAAUACCUCGGGGCAAGAAAUCGGAAGGCUGCCACAUGAGACCGCUGAAUGGGUAUCUACGCUGAUUGAUCAGAAGAUCUGUCGGUUUGAAGGAGUCUGUGUAUUUGUACCUGACAGGGUGCGAGUUAACGAUACCAUAUACUUACAACUCCGAGUUUACUUGCGAAAGGAAGCCUUCCAAAGCGGUGCACUCGCUGCUCUGAACAAAAAUGAUAACAGGUCCACUGGACUGUUUGAAGAGAAGGAGAGCACCGAAGAGAAGAAUCUGCGACUACGCCAAGUCGGUCUAGUGAAACUGUUUCACGAAAUCAGUCUUCAUCCUACCUCGACUAACCCAACUACUGAAAAGCACAAAAGAGAUGGCAUUCUUCGUGCCGCUGAAAUCGCAGAGCAAUAUGACAGCACGAAGAAGGAAAAUAGACCCAAGUCAAACAAGGACUCCAACGAUUCCUCAGGCGAAGAUGAUGGCGAAGAACUAGAAGAAGAUCAACUCGACACGCUGUAUCAAAAAGCCCAAUCAUUUGAUUUCAAUAUGCCAGCGGCAGAUCCAGCACCUAGCUUCAUCCUUGAUCUGCGCAAGUACCAACAACAAGCCCUUCAUUGGAUGCUGUCAAAAGAGAAAGACUCGAAGCAAACUCGAGAAAAGUCAAUGCAUCCACUGUGGGAGGAAUAUACUUGGCCUAUAAAGGACGUUGACGACAAAGAUUUGCCAAAAGUCAAAAACAUUGACCGUUUUUAUGUCAACCCGUAUUCAGGGGACCUCAGUGUGGACUUCCCUGCUCAAGAGCAACACUGCCGGGGCGGAAUCCUUGCCGAUGAAAUGGGCCUGGGGAAAACCAUUGAGAUGCUCAGUCUGGUUCAUUCGCACAGAUUUGAGCCUGAUCCACGGGUUUCGAAUGGUCUCAACUCGGUGAAUGACCUCGCUAGAAUGCCGAACUCUUCUGGGGUGGUGCCUGCGCCGUAUACCACUCUGGUUGUUGCACCGACAUCUUUAAUCUCUCAAUGGGAAAGUGAGGCACUCAAAGCUGGGACGUUGAGAGUUCUUGUUUAUUACGGGUCGGACAAGGCUGUCAACUUGAGAGAAUUAUGCUGCGAAUCCAAGUAUGCGACAGCUCCACAGGUAAUUGUGACCAGUUAUGGCGUGGUAUUGUCGGAAUUCCGUCAGCUCGCUCUCCAGUCUGCACUAGGACCCAGUACCAAUGAUGGUCUAUUCUCUGUGGAAUUCUUCCGAAUAAUUCUUGAUGAAGCCCAUGUGAUCAAAAACCGCCGUUCUAAGUCUGCUAGAUCAUGCUAUGAGCUGAAGGCAGCCCAUCGGUGGGCACUGACUGGCACGCCCAUUGUCAAUCGCCUUGAGGACCUCUUCAGUCUGGUGCGUUUCCUAAAAGUCGAGCCAUGGAGCAAUUUCUCCUUCUGGAAGACGUUCAUCACUGUGCCCUUUGAAUCCAAAGAAUACGUCCGCGCCCUGAACGUCGUGCAAAGUGUACUUGAACCACUUGUUCUUCGACGGACCAAAUCGAUGAAAACCCCGGAGGGCGAGCCAUUGGUCCCCUUGCCCAAAAAGACAGUCACUAUUGAGGAAGUGGAGUUACCAAAGCAAGAACGAGAAAUUUACGACUACAUCUUUACCCGAGCGAAACGAACUUACAACGACAAUGUCGUGGCCGGCACACUGUUGCAGUCUUACAGCACCAUCUUUGCUCAAAUCCUCCGUCUUCGUCAGACCUGCUGUCACCCUAUAAUGACACGCAACAAAGCAAUCGUUGCGGAAGAAGAGAGUGCAGCGGUAGCGGCUGAUGCAGCCAAUGAGUUCAAAGACGAUAUGGAUCUUCAAGAAUUGAUCAACCAAUUCACGGCAGAAAACGCCAACGCCAACGCCAACUCUCAAGAUACGUCCGGGACAAUGAUUAAGUUCACCACCCAUGCUCUUCGGCAGAUCCAAACCGAGUCCAGCGGCGAGUGUCCUAUCUGUUGUGAAGAGCCCAUGAUCGAUCCUGCAGUAACAGCUUGCUGGCAUAGUGCAUGUAAGAAAUGCCUAGAAGACUUCCUGCAACACCAAAUGAACAAAGGCGUCGAGGCACGAUGCUUCAACUGUCGUGCUCCAGUGGAUGCAAAGAAUACCUUUGAAGUAGUACGACAUCCGUCCGCAACUUCAAUUUCCUUUGCAGACGACACGAUGAGCGGCCCACCACCAACCAGCUCCCAACCUGCCCCACGUAUCUCCCUCCGUCGCAUAUACCCCCUCUCUCCUUCCGCCCACACUUCAGCCAAGAUUCACGCCCUUAUCAAUCACCUCGGACGCAUCCCUCCAAAUACAAAAUCCGUUGUCUUCUCGCAAUUUACCUCCUUCCUGGACUUGAUUGGCCCACAACUUUCCCGAGUUGGAAUCUCGCAUCUCCGCCUGGAUGGCUCAAUGCCCCAGAAGGCCCGUGCCGCUGUUUUAGCCGAAUUCACAAAAGCAGACAGCUUUACCGACGAUGAAAUUGUCGACCUGAAAGAUGAUACCCCAGGGACCAGUGGUCCAGCGAAGACUACCGCUCCCUCGCCCUCGAAAUCAGCCCCUACAGUCUUACUCAUCUCCCUACGUGCCGGUGGCGUAGGUCUCAAUCUCACAACCGCCAGCAAUGUCUUCUUGAUGGAUCCAUGGUGGAGUUUCGCAAUUGAAGCACAAGCCAUCGACCGCGUUCAUCGAAUGGGCCAGAUACGCGAUGUCCAUGUGACGCGAUUUGUGGUCAAGGAUUCCAUCGAAGGCCGCAUGCUACGCGUGCAAGAGCGUAAAAUGAAUAUUGCUGGUUCACUUGGUUUGAAGAUUGGCGGCGAUGAUGGUGAAGCUGACAAGGGGAAGAACAGGCUUGAAGAGUUGAAAAUGUUGUUCGAGUAA